UUAGGGGUACCUUCCUUAACAAAACGCUACCCUUUUCUAACUUUGGCACUAGUCUGGACUCAAGCCCGUCUAGGACUCUCUUCUGGGGCAAGCUGGGGGCAACUCUGUUGGUUUAAGUUUGGUAAGUUUGGGAUUGAUUUCUUUUUUGGGGCUGGAGACAUCCCCUGUCUAGCGUUUCUAGCGCUUUAGUGCUCUUGUGCUCUUAGUCCCGACAGGACUGGGACUUAGGUACUGGGCCUGGGCCUGGGCAAGACUGUGACCUGAGCCUUUUCUGACUUUUACGAAUGAGUCCAACUCCAUUUCUUAAUCCAGCCAAUCCUAAGCACAAAAUCCGUCUCCCCAUUUGCGCAAAACACGUCCCGAGAGGUUGUUCCAAACCGUGGGGCCCAUUCACCAUAAGGCGCCCUCACGUUUCUUCCUCUCGACUUUCGCGUACAUUCGUACACUUCGUCCUAUCGUCCUGUACUUCUAUCACUUUACCUACAUUCAAGACACACUGCAUAGUAUUUGCAAAUAAUAAAUCCCAUCCGCAUCUGCAAUUCCGUUCAUCUAUCCUCCUGCCUACCUACCUAUCGUACUUUUUAUUUCGCCGACUUUUCGAAUUACUUACGUUACCGCUAUACCUCGCACAAUCACUUUCUGCGCUCGCUGCCGAAUCCGUCGCUCUCACCCUCCAACCCCCUUCGACCAAUCCACGAUCGAUCCACGACCGCGCACACAACCUACCUACCUACCUACCUACAUACGUACAUAAUAUACAUCAGCCCUUCCUUCGACUUUUGUCCUGCCUACUGCCUACUGCCUGCCUGCCUGCUUGCUUGCUUUAUUGCCUGCUAGCCUGCAUACCUACAUACCUGCGUAUUCGACCAUUCUUCAUUUCCUCCGACCGACUCACCUCCUUUUCUCGGCCACCAUCCUCUUAAUCAUCCGUCGCCUUACUUCGUUGCUAACGAUUUAACGGAUGACGACAGUCGGUCUACAACCAUAAAGCCUACCUCGAGCUUGGGUUACUUCCCGACCACCCUUCGGCGAAGCGAACUAGGAAACAACUCGAGAGUAUAUUGGUUUCAUCUAGCUAAGAGAAAUUUCUCGCAUACAUACGAACGUAUAUAAUAGAUU